AUGGGGAAGAAAGGGAAACGGAAGCAGAUGAAAGCACACAAGGCAACCAUAAAGAAUGAUGGUUGGAGGAAAGAAAAGAAGUACACAGAGAAAUGUUGGAAAGAUGUACAUGUUGGAGAUUUCAUCCGCCUGUCAUGCAAUGAGAUAAUCCCUGCCGAUAUGGUGAUUUUAUACUCUGCUGAUCCUGAUGGCAUUUGUCAUAUCGAAACUUCUAAUUUGGAUGGUGAGACAAACCUAAAACAGAGGCAGGUUGUCCGAGGAUAUGCAGAGCAGGGCUGUGAAGUUGAUCCUGAAAAGUUCACCAGCAAAAUAGAAUGUGAAAGCCCGAACAAUGAUCUGAACAGAUUUCGAGGAUUUUUAGAACAUCAAAACAAAGAACGUAUAGGUCUAGGCAAGGAAAACCUGCUGUUACGUGGUUGUACUAUCAGGAAUACAGAGGCUGUUGUUGGCAUUGUAGUGUAUGCAGGUCAUGAAACCAAAGCAAUGCUGAAUAACAGUGGACCCCGUUACAAACGCAGCAAGCUGGAGAGGCGACUCAACACUGAUAUUUUAUGGAGUGUAGUUCUUCUCAUUGUGAUGUGUCUUAUUGGUGCUCUAGGUCAUGGAAUCUACCUCAGUUUGUAUUCAGAGGUGCCAAUUUUCAGUGCUCCAGAAUCCAAUGGUACCUACACUGCACCUGCUUUAGCAGGUUUUUAUAUGUUCUGGACAAUGAUCAUUCUGCUGCAGGUUCUUAUCCCAAUUUCAUUGUAUGUUUCUAUUGAACUUGUCAAACUGGGACAAAUAUUUUUCCUCCAGUACGAUAUUGACUUGUACAGUGAAAAAACAGAUUCCUCCAUUCAGUGCCGUGCUCUGAACAUCACGGAAGACCUGGGCCAGAUCCAGUACAUCUUCUCAGACAAAACAGGAACACUCACAGAGAACAAAAUGGUUUUCCGGAGGUGCAGUAUAGCAGGACAAGAGUACUCACAUGAUGAAAAUGCAAAAAGGUUGGCGUUGUACCAGGAAAUGGCCUCUGCAGAUGAAGACUUGCCUGUUGCUCUCUCUACAACAGUGAGCCUCCGAUCUCGAGUAAGGACAUUGAGCCAUCCAUCCAGUAGUCAGUCUUUAGAUCAGCUGCCCAGUACAGGUCCCUCUGGAGGAGUGGGGGACAUUGGGGGAGGACCAUCCCCAGCUCUGCAUGUGGCUUUCAGUAGCCGCAUGGAGAGAGAUGUUGUACCAGACUCUAGACUCCUAAAGAAAUUUCUCCAGGUUACACAUCAUGCAGUCCUGCUUUCUGAUGAAGCCAUUGAUGUACCAUGUGUAGAAGUGUCACACGUCUUGGACUUCUUUCUGGCCCUAGCAGUCUGUAAUACUGUAGUUGUAGCUUCUCCCGAUCGGCCACGACAGAAGCUGAGACUGCCAAGGUCUGGAAGACCUCAGAUGAAAUCAUUAGAGGAGAUCAAGCAGCUGUUUCAGCGACUUUCUGUCCCGCGAUUGAGCUCAUUGACACAAAUUAGUAGUGGAAAAGAUUUGCCAUCUGAAGGAGCCAAUUCUUUUACAAGUAGGCUUGCAAUAUUUUCAAGAAUUAAGCCAAAUUCAACAGCAGUAUUAAAAGGACAGGAGGAAGAGGAGGCUGCUGCUGGCUCAACCCAGAAGGUUGCAAACAUUUCCAGACAUUCCCCUACAAAACAACACAACUUUGAAGACUCCACCGAGGUGGACUUGACUGAAGAUAGUUUAUCUUCAGGAGCAGAACCAGAACCACCAGAAGAGCAAUCGGUUUCCCUAAAAAUAAAUUAUGAGGCUGAAAGCCCAGAUGAAGCUGCUUUAGUUCAUGCUGCCAGAGCAUACAAGUGUACCCUUCAGUCCAGGACGCCUGACCAGAUCACAGUAGAAGUCGCUCCUUUGGGAAUGUUAACAUUUCAGCUUUUACACAUUUUGCCAUUUGACUCCAUUAGGAAGAGGAUGUCUGUUGUUGUCCGACAUCCUGUCACUGGCAGGGUAGUGGUCUAUACCAAGGGUGCUGACUCUGUUGUUAUGGAACUGCUGAGGGAUUCUUAUGAAGAUAACCUCACUUUAGAAAAACAGCAGAAGAAAAUUAGAGCAAGAACUCAAAGGCAUCUGGAUGACUAUGCCAAAGAAGGUCUGCGCACCUUGUGCAUUGCUAAGAAGGUGAUGACAGAUGCAGAGUACACUGACUGGUUGAAUGUUCAUUUCUUGGCAGAAACUAGUAUUGACAACAGAGAAGAACUUUUACUUGAAUCUGCAACAAGACUGGAGAGAAAUCUCACUAUUCUGGGGGCAACAGGAAUUGAAGAUCGUCUUCAAGACGGUGUUCCAGAUGCCAUUGAAGCACUACGAAUGGCAGGAAUAAAAGUAUGGGUUCUAACAGGAGACAAACAGGAGACUGCUGUAAAUAUUGGCUAUUCCUGCAAGCUGCUAAAACAAAAUGACAAAGUUUUCAAUCUCAACACUGAAACAAAGGAAACUUGUGAAACCCUGAUUGACCAUAUUUUAGAAGAAGUGAAGUAUACGCAACAGAGGCUUGGACAAGUAGAUGUGGUCUGUCUUCCACAUGUUUCAAGUGGAGAGCUUGACUGUCACUUUGGACUUGUUAUCGAUGGGAGGACAUUAGAAUUUGCACUAGAUGAUGGUCUGCAGAGCAAGUUCUUGGAGGUUACGAGACAUUGUCGAUCUGUUAUAUGCUGCAGAUCAACACCUCUGCAGAAAAGCAAAGUAGUCAAAGCUGUAAGAGACAAAUUGAAAAUAAUGGCCUUGGCAAUUGGUGAUGGAGCCAAUGAUGUUAACAUGAUCCAGGUUGCUGAUGUUGGAGUUGGAAUAUCUGGCCAAGAAGGCAUGCAGGCUGUGAUGUCCAGUGAUUUUGCCAUUUCUGAGUUCAAACACUUAACCAAGCUUCUUCUUGUACAUGGACAUUGGUGUUACACCAGACUUGCUAACAUGAUUCUUUAUUUCUUCUACAAAAAUGUGGCCUAUGUAAACCUCCUUUUCUGGUACCAGUUCUUCUGUGGAUUUUCAGGGACAUCAAUGACAGACUACUGGAUACUUAUUUUUUUCAACUUGCUGUUUACCUCUGUUCCGCCAAUCAUAUACGGCAUCCUUGAUAGGGAUAUCUCUGCUGAAAUCUUGAUGCAUCAUCCUGAACUGUACAAACCUGGCCAGAAGUCAGAGGCCUACCUCCCCUCCACAUUCUGGAUCAAUAUAUUAGAUGCUUUUUACCAAAGCCUGAUUUGCUUUUUUAUUCCUUAUUUUACUUACUAUGACUCUGAUAUAGAUAUUUUUUCCUUUGGAACCCCCAUGAAUACAGCAGCACUUUUUAUAAUCCUUUUUCACCUACUUAUUGAAAGCAAGAGCUUGACAUGGAUUCAUUGCGCUGUCAUGAUUGGAAGCAUCUUGCUGUAUUUUGUGUUCUCACUCAUUUUUGGAGCAGCAUGCAUAACGUGUAAUCCACCAUCAAACCCCUAUUGGAUCAUGGAGGAUCAGAUGGCAGACCCAGUGUUUUAUCUUGUUUGUAUUAUUACUACAGUCGUGGCACUCUUACCCAGAUAUUGCUACAGAGUUCUCCAGUGGACUAUCUUCCCAACUCCUCUCCAGAAGGCUGCUUGGCUUGCUAAACUUCCUCCAGAGCAGCAGAGUGAGACUGUCCAGCAUUGGAAAGGAGAGAAGACUGCUCCUCGUAUGGAUGUACAUGCCUUUCCCACACCUACAGGAGCCACUGAUAACAAUAUUUCCCCACCAGAUAAUAAUUAUGAGACUCUUUUGCAAGCCACACCAUUGGCUAGGACAGGCGACUCUGAAAUGUUAGGAGCAGAAUUAGUUUCUAAUGGUGAGAAUUCAGUGGAAAACACUGGAAACUUUUAUAGUGAAAUCCCUUCCUUGUCUGUAGCUCCUAAAGACUGUUUUUUGGAAAUAGAGCUACAAAAUCCAGAUUCUGAUAACAUAUCUGUGGACUUCACUUUGGAAGAAGAUGAUGGUGAAUGCACUACAAUGGAAAAGAACUCUCUAAGUUCAAGUGAAUGUAGAACAGACAAUUUAGAAGACCUUCCACAGCCAAUAUGUUAGCAGUCAGAAUGGAAAAUGGAUAUGACUAGCUUUGGGAAGAAACAACAAUGCUAAACAGUAAUACAAAAAUGUACCUGUUUUCAUGUUGUAGUGUCUCUAUCCUCUUCAAGAUCCUUGAAUGGGGAAGUCCACAUAUCCAGAUGUCCAUGGGACUAAAGUGUUUGCACUCAAACAAUGAUGAUUCUUUUAGCCUUUUGUAAGUAAUGUAUAGUUCUUUUUUUGGGAAGGGGGGUAGCAUUUGAUAACUACAAAAGACAUCUCGUAUAUGGGGGCAACAGCUUUUAUACUUUUGUAAAAAAAAAAAAAAGCCCAGAAUGAUUUAGCCAUAUGUAGGCACCACCUAAAUCUGACACACUGUUGUCCUUUUUGUCAAUUUUGAGUUCAUUUGACUUUAAUAUUUUGUAAGUCAUAGCUGCAGCACUGUGGCUUUAAUAUCAACCUUUAAACAUUAUGGUAUGUACGAAAAAGUUCUAGAUUCCUCUGUAUAAUCUGGCAUCUGUCACUAGAUGGACAUUACUUGGCACACUUAGACAUGUAUUGCAUUGCUCAGUACUGCUUCUUUAUUCUGCAGUGUGAUGCCAGAUUAGAAGCACGCAUGUGCUUCUCGAAAAAGGUAGUAUGAACACUAAAAAAUCAUCUGGUUAGGCCAUUUACAGAAGUUUAGGAUGAAUGAAGACUCUGUGUAAGGGUUAUUCAAGAGUUCUGGAUUGUUAGCUUGUCUGCCGAUACACGGAAAUACACUGGUUAAGCCAAAUUUUCCUUCCUUUGAAUAUUUUUUUUUUUUUUUUUAGGUAGGACAGCAAAUUUAUUUUAAUCAUUGUCUUUGGUACAGCUAUCAGCCCCCUAUCUUCUGCUAGCCCAUUCAUUCUUCCUAACCUGUGGUUUAAUGUCAGGGGUAAGAAUUGGGGUUAGAAUACUGUUUUUGUGCUCCUAGAAUUCCACUUUGUUGGCUUGCAGAUUGUAGUGUUAUAGCAUCUCUUCUGGACCAGUGUGAUUGUGUGUUUUGUGCCCCCAUGAGUUCCAGCUUGAAUGCAUAAACACUCCCUGGCUGGCUCGCAUUUCCUGAAUUUUAGGGUACAGGGACUGCAGUAUGUGACUGUUCCCUAGGUUGGACAUGUUGAUGUGACUCUGCCAGUAUGAGAUGGGUGAGCUUGCAUCAUCCACUUAGCCUCAGCUCUUCCACUGACCGAGAUUCCAACCGAAUCCAGUUCAUCUAAGACAUAAUCAGUGCUCCAUUCCUGUAUGCAACAAAGUUAUUGAAAGUAUAGCAAACUUAACCUCCCAUAGUUAGAUGUCUAUAAGGGGAUCAUCAGAAAAAUGCAGUAUUUAAGGAGUAUGAUGGGCCGAAGUGUGACAUCUUCCUCAUUGCGAGUAUGACGUAAUCAGCAUGUAAUGCUAACAGUGCAUAGUUGCCAUCUGUUAUGUCCAGCACUAACAUGAAUGGAUGUUUUCAUGUUUGUACAAGUAUAGGUUUAUACAGCUUUCAUUAUAUGUAAGAGUGUUGUCUUUGCAACACAUUAGAAGGAAACAUCUGGCACUAUUUAAGCCAGUAAACAGUGUUACGAACAGAGUGACAUUUUUAUGACGUUGUAACUGUGAAUUGUGGAUUUUAAACUCUCCUAGUAAAUGAAACAAAAUAAGAGAUAUGCGCUUUCAUUUUAAUGAGUUAAGAACGCCUGCUGCUUCCCAUUACUGGAUUUUAAUGGAAGUGGUCUGUUAUUGGCAAUGGAAUUAGUGCACCUUUUUGCUUCAACAGAAAUCAGAACACUCCAUACAUAAUGUUGUUCAACCUUUAUACAGAAAGUUUGUCACAAAAAGAAUCAUACUAAGACACUCAUGAGGGAGAAUGUAAUGCACACCCUUGGAGUUUCUGUAAUUUUCAGGCACGUGAAAUGAAAGACUUGUUUGUAUUAAUCACCAGCAUGAUUUUUUUUUCACAAAAGCAAGAUGUUGGCUAGACUUCAGGAUAAGUGUCAAUGUAAGAUUACUACUUUUCAGUAGGAAGGCAUUCUGGUUUUUGAAUUGGCAUAUAGCCCUCAAGUGAAGGGACAUAUUUCAAUAUUGCAGUAGUAACAGUCGUAAUAGCUUCUUUAUGUAGCCAUUGUAACUUCGGGCCAGCAGCUUUUCAAGAAAACAAUGUUGUUUCCACUUAAUUUGCACUGUAUUGGGGAAGUGUAUUAACUUGAAUGUACCUGUUGUUCCUUCCCAACAGGUUAAUGUCAAGAGUUCUGUCUUGCAUAGUAUGUGCCUCCUCGCUGUUUUUAGUGGCAGCUUUUAACUUUUUCUAUAGUGCUUUUUGCAUUUUCCACUUUAUUUUUGCCAGCUGUUACAGUCUUCAGACAGUAGGACAUUGGUUACAGCAUACCCUU